AGUCUCUUCCGCCCUGGCGCAGUUGCCGGGGGCAACGGUCCCAUCCGGCCGGAGUGUCUAGCCGGGAGCGCAGCGACGGCCUCUGCGGAUGGACAUCGUGGGACGAGGGAAACUUUUCAGAAAAACUAGACGCUGUUAAACCUGGCCUGGUGGUCGGGCUUUCCCUCUGACCCACAGAAUGGUGGGGGCUGAGUCACCUCCUGAGCCUCGGUUAGAAAAAUAUCAACCAAGGUAGCUGUUGACGUUCCAGCAGUCUCUACUUCCUCUUUACCACGUCCUUCCUGCUAAAAGCCCGCUAAUGCAGAUGAGCAAGCCGAAGCACAGAGUGGUCAAGUAACUUGCCCAGCGUCACACAGGCUAGGACUCCUGCACUGUUUCUGUCAGGGGCACGCAGGAACACUGAGAAUAUGAUAAAAGCACUGACCCCGCCCUGCUGAAGGCUGUUCACCAGUGUGUGCGCACAACAUGUGAUCAACAUUGGAAUGGCUUCCAGAAGAAGAACCGGCCAUCCCAUGCGCAAUAUUUUUGGUGAUUUUAGUGAUCUUUCCUUAGAGGAUUCAAAAAUGGAAGAAAUCAGAAACUUGAAAAUCGGUAGAAGUCUUACCCAAAUAGCACCCGGCCGCAGCAGAUUUCUCAAAGGACACCCAACUAUGGGUGUAAAAUACUCACUCCCGAAAGAGAAUGCUGUUGUGGAGGGUGGGCUCAGACUGUCUUCGGGGAGACCCCCGAUCACUGCCUCGAAGCUCAGGGCCAGCGCUGCGCUCACAAAACUGACUCAGCUGGAAACCAAGAUCAUGAAUCGGAAAGCUCAGGCGGAUUUGUCUGAUGUGGAAUCUGACCUGAAGACCCCCGAGGACAGUCUUCCGAGGAGCGCAGAUACAGCCCUUCCCAGGAGCACAGUCGGACUUUCCUCACACGGCCCAGAGAAAACCCAGAAACAAGCCCAUGAAACUCCCACGGCCGGGAGCGGCACACAGAGUGGGAAGGUCAGUAGGUUUCUAAAGAAGAGGGAACCACGCGUUGAAAAUGGGUUCCCUGAAACACAUUGUGGAAAAGAGAGGAGUUUUCAAACACCCAAAGAGAAAAAACCCACUAGAAAACUAGAUUCUCCAGACAGCGAUGAGGAGGAAAUGAAAGAGUUGCUAGGAGGCUUGAUAGAAUCUUCUAGAGAAAAAGAAACAUACACGAAUCGGCGUUUCAUCAGCUCCAAAGUCAGUGAGAAAGAACAAACAAAAGUAUUCUCGGAUCAGAUCCCAACUCAACCAAGAAUCCUUUCACUACCCAGUGAGGAACCUCCCGGCCCAAAGCCAUUUCGGACAUCAUGUCUGCCAGCCUCACAGUCAGCAGACGGGACCCUUCGCAGCACGCGCUCAAAAGCUCGCUCCCCACAGACUCACGCUUCAGGGGACGCAGCCGCCUGCACAGCAUCACUGUCCAUCACUGGCACCUUUUCAAAAUCAGCCUCCAUGACGCCACAUGGCAAGCUCUCCCCCGGAAGGAGUGAGCCUGAGCCUCACGAUCAGUCGCCCUCAGAAGCUGCCGAUGACAGCCUGAAUGAUUUUCGAAUCAAUCUUUUAUCCCUCGAUGAUCUGGCUCCAGCUGUCCGUGAGAACUCAGACUUGGAACGGAAAAAAGAAGGCCAGCGGGAAAAGGGAUCCAGCCAAAGUCCCCAGGCAGGGGGCCCUCCCACUGGAAGCGAGGUCUCAGAGUGCCUGAGCGAGCCAUCGGCUUCCUCUGCCGGGCCUGAGGAUGCUUCCAGCCCGAGGCCAACGUCUCAGGAGCCCACGGCCAGCACAGUGAGCUCGGCUUACUCAGAAGAUUUUGAAAAAUCCCCAAAUUCGACAGCAUCCGAGUCAAGGGCCCGUUCCGAGUCUCCUGAAAGGACGCUGGACACUCUGUCAGAAUUCUCUGCAAGCCUGAAGACAGACCUUCCCCUGCCAACGCUCAAGCCUUGGAAAAAGCAAGUCGGGGACGUUACAAGAGUCAUCAUGAAGGAGACGGCUGUGCAGACCCUCGAGCCCGCCUUCACCUACCAGUGGGUGGAGGGGCCCGGUGUGGCGGCCGUCGGACCGGCUCUGGGAGGUGCCUACGUGGACCCCGUGCCCAUUGCCAGCCACGUCGUCAGCGCGGACUCCAUAGAAGCCCUGACAGCUUACAGCCCGGCCGCGUUGGCGCUCAACGACAUGCUGAAGCAGCAGCUGAGCCUGACGCAGCAGUUCGUGGAGGCCAGCCGGCACCUGCACAUGUCCCUCCUGCAGUCCCUGGACCGAGACUCCUUCCACUACCACACCCUGGAGGAAACCAAACAGUACAUCAGGCACCACAGGCCUGCCCCGCUGUCCAUGGAGGAUGCCCUGGAGGAGGUGGAGGAGGAGCUCUGGGGACCGGAGCAGAGUAGUGGAACUCGCCCGGCCCCCGAGGGGACGCGCGGGCCGGUGGCAGUGGCCCCACGGGUGGAGCGGUCACCACUCACGGCCGGACGGAGGAUGCCAGCCUGUCGGGAGCCCCGCGGAGCGGCUGUGCCGGCCGGGUGCUGGCCGCCCAGUGAGCGGACAUAGACGGGAGGGGCCGCAGCCCCGUCUGCUAAGCAGGAGCCCAGGCCAGGUGUCCACGCCGGGCACACCCACAUGAGGCGCCUAGGGCAGCUCCUGACCUGACCGCACGACUCGGACGCAGUCUCUGCGUUCCAGGCACGCCUGCUCCCGACUCGGCUGGAGCACACUUCUAACUUGAACACGCAGAGAAAAAGGUCUUUAAAAAAAGUUUUUAUUUGAAGGCAAAACAGUAAAAUCCACAAGAAAUUGUUAACAGCACGUGUUUACGUUUUAUCCUGAAUCAGACACGUUUGAACAAUUCACAGCUACAGGAAACCUAGAACAAAAUCAAAUAUUUUAUCACAUCAGGUUGAAAAGUUGGAGAGGACUUUGCAUCUUAUUGAAAAGAAUUUUUCAAAAACGUUUCUGUACAAAUAAACGGCACCGCACGAGCUGCCCACAGACGCCAAGCGUGGCCUGUCCCACGCCGUCCCCAGCGUCGCCCAGCAGACCCCACUCCCUCCUGGCCUCACCUCCCUCGAUGGUGGUGGCUGUGGGGGGGUGGGGCAGCAAGGGGAAAUGAGGAGCAGGAGGCACAGCCAGGGGUCUCUCUCCACACCCUGGAACGGAAGGUCCACGCAAGCGCUGGUGUUGGGUUCCUCUAAGUGGGAAACACAGGCCGAGACACUAAGGGUACAGACUCUCCGAGGGUGUCAUUCUGGGACCUGAAGAUGCCUCAGGUCCGUGUCCUCAGAACCUCCGUUUCUGCAGGUACAGCAAACGGCUGAC